GAGGAGGGUAGUGGAGGAAAGGCAUGGAGGGGAGAGGAGGCGGGGAGGGGAGGAUUGGUGUGGAGUGAAGCCGAGGCAUGGAAGGGAAUGUGGAGGUGUAGUGGAGCGGGAGCAUGGCAAAGAAAGGAGACAUGUGGCCCCUCCUAUGUCAGAUAGUGCGGACUCAGAUGUGCAGCAGAACAAGCGAACCAAGAGACAGAAAUCAAGGGGACCCAUAUAUACCAAAGAGGAGAAUGCUGCAUUGGUUGCUGCAGUAUCAAAAGAAAAAGUGACACUCUUCUGCCAAUCCGUGCCAGCAUCUGAGAAGUCAGCAGCCUGGGAACGAGUCCGGGACUCCGUGAAUGCGGUCUCCAAGUUUCACAGGCCCACCAAUGGCGUCAGACACAGGUUCUAUGAUUGUCGGGCAAUGGUUACAAAGAAGAUGCAGAGGCUUCGACUAGGACAAAACCGAGGAAAGCCUAUCAAGUUGCGAGAGUGGGAGGCGGAGCUAAGAGAUGUCCUUCUGGCAGAGGAUGUCCCUGGAUUCAGCAGCAGGGGUCAAAAUCAUAGAGCUGGUGAUCAAGAAACAUCAUCCUUGGAAGGAUCAGCUCCAACUCCAAGUACAUCCUAUCAACAACAUUCUGGUGAAAGCUGCAUUCAAGACCCUCCAGCAUCGGCUUCUGGCAGGACCAUUGCUCCUCCUCAGGAAAGCUGCAUUCAAGACCCUCCAGCAUCGGCUUCUGGCAGGACCAUUGCUCCUCCUCAGGAUCAGCAAUACCACCCUGAGAGGAGAGUACAGUGCAGCCCGCACUCUCCUGUUCUUCUUUUGGAGAGGCUGGAGAUUCAGCCAGAGAUUACCCCUAUCAUUCCCCAGACUCCUGAUUUCUCCCCCGGCCCAGAGGAGGAGCACAGAGGACAAGGUUCAUUCAUUCAGCCACCCCAUGCCCUGAUGCCACCUACUGCUGUACCGCCUUUCCCAACUGUGCAGGAGAUCAUUCUGAGGGAGCUUAUAGAAUUAAGGUGUGACAACCGAAAACUACAACGAAAGGUCAAAAGGCUUACCCGGCUUACCCAUCAGUUGAGCAGGCAGCAAACUGAGAGUUUUGAAAUAAUUUUGGCCCGGGCAAGCCAACAACACAAUUAGGCAUUGGACAGAGUAUAUUUUGUUUACUUGAAGAUAUUUCCAGACACAUUGCUCCAAUGCCUGGGAGCUACGAUGAACAUAUAACCAACAAAGACGUUUUGAAAAAUGAAGGCUAGACCUUCCUCUGCCCAUCUCAUCGCAAAUUAUUAUGCAGAAUCGAUCUUUUUACUGUUCCUUGAUUUUGGUAGAAACGUUUUCUUAUGCUGCCAAGUUACACCUACCCAGCAUGUGUGUUUGUAAUUUCUAUGAAAAUAUUUUUUUUUUUGUGAAUAUAAAACUAUUUUUGGUCUAA